AUCAAUAUACCAUCUGCAAGAAUAUAAAAAUGGAAGGAAAACCCCAAAAUCGAAUGCAGGAGGUCAGUACAGAUGAAAUAGGACGCUUAGUCCAAGCUGUUGCCCUUUAUUGUGGGAUUUCACCGACAGAAAGCAAUACCACAACAGGGGCAAAUCCGCAGGAUAGUGGAAAUGCUGGACGAGAUCCACUAGAGGAUCCCAGUGCGAAGGAACAUGCCGAGUGGGACUUCGUUCCUUACAUGCACAUCCUGGCGGGCGUGCCCUCGCAAAGAAAAAGUAUAUUUUUAGCGGAACCAACAAUAAUACGAUCUCCGACGACCUCUCCAUUAGGACUGCGGAUACCACCACCACCAGCUACUUGGCAGCUUAUGCGGAGCUGGGAGGAGGAAAAAAGGGCGCCCGCUAAUGAUCAGUUGGAGAAGCCAUAGCCAGCCAUUGCCAGGAGGCUGGGCGACAUCCUGCAGCAUCAGCGGAACGACCGCGUUUCCAAUCUCGUUCCCACUCCCUCAAGGCCCAAUAUGCCUAUUGGGAGUCGGAGCUGGACUACAGAAGGCGCGGGAAAGAUGACGAAUCAUCCGUGGGACGAGAAGGAAGGCUUAAACUUCUAAUUUACAGAAAUAAAAACAUUCGUUGAACA